CCGCGUUAGGAACCCGCGUUCGUACGCAGGCAGAUCGGGGUCGUCUCCUCUGUGUCGGCGCCAAUCGGGUGCAGAUCUCCGCGUCGUCUUCAACCAAACCGGAGAAUAAUUCCAACCCCAUCGCGCAUCACACAGCAAAAAAGCUACGACUACGCUUAUUCCCCCCCCUUCCCACUGGUCGGAGCACGCCCUCCACUCCACCAGGACCAGCCGGCGCGCGCGGGCGGGGAUGGCGAACGCGGCGCUCAUCUCGCGGAGCCUCCGGCGAUCCGACACCCUCCACCGCCUCCUCCUCCUGCAGGCGCGGGGGUUCACGACGGCGGAGUGCCACCGCCCCGUCGUGCUCCACAAGCGCGGCCCCGACAUCCUCCACGACCCAUGGUUCAACCGGGGCACGGCGUUCUCGAUGACGGAGAGAGACCGGCUCGGACUCCGCGGCCUGCUCCCGCCCAACGUCGUCUCCUCGCAGCAGCAGAUCGACCGAUUCAUGCUUGACCUGAAAAGGCUGGAGCAAAAUGCGAGAGAUGGGCCAUCUGAUACUUAUCCAUUGGCAAAAUGGCGUAUUCUUAACAGGCUGCAUGACAGAAAUGAAACAAUGUACUACAAGGUCUUAAUAGAUAACAUUGAGGAGUAUGCACCUAUAGUUUACACACCGACUGUUGGAGCUGUUUGCCAAAAUUACAGUGGCUUAUUUAGACGACCUCGGGGAAUGUAUUUUAGUGCAGAAGAUCGUGGGGAAAUGAUGUCCAUGGUGUACAACUGGCCAGCUGAUCAGGUUGACAUGAUAGUGGUGACUGAUGGAAGCAGGAUAUUGGGCCUGGGUGAUCUAGGAGUGCAAGGUAUUGGCAUUGCUAUAGGAAAGCUGGAUUUGUAUGUUGCUGCUGCUGGAAUCAAUCCCCAAAGGGUUCUCCCAGUUAUGAUUGAUGUGGGAACAAACAAUGAGAAACUCCUGAAGGAUCCUCUUUAUCUCGGGCUACAAGAACACCGUCUUGAGGGAGAAGAAUAUGUUGAAAUUAUUGACGAAUUCAUGGAAGCUGUGUUUUCUCGUUGGCCCAAUGUGAUUGUACAGUUUGAAGAUUUCCAAAGCAAGUGGGCAUUCAGGCUGCUGCAGCGUUACAGGAAUACCUAUCGCAUGUUUAACGAUGAUGUGCAGGGAACUGCUGGCGUUGCGAUAGCUGGCCUUCUAGGAGCUGUAAGAGCACAAGGAAGGCCAAUGAUAGACUUCCCAAAGCAAAAGAUUGUUGUUGCAGGUGCCGGCAGUGCUGGGAUUGGUGUAGUGAAUGCUGCAAGCAGGACCAUGGCAAGGAUGUUGGGAAACAAUGAUGUUGCUUUUGAGAGUGCCAGGAGUCAAUUCUGGAUAGUUGAUGCCCACGGUCUAAUAACAGAGGACCGAGCAGACAUCGAUCCAGAUGCGCGUCCCUUUGCUAGGAGAAAGAGUGAACUUGCUCACCAAGGCCUAAGUGAGGGGGCAAGCUUGGUUGAAGUGGUUAAAAAGGUGAAGCCUGAUGUCAUUCUUGGACUAUCUGCUGUUGGGGGUUUGUUCUCGAAGGAGGUUUUAGAAGCACUAAAGGAUUCGUCCUCUUCCAGACCAGCAAUUUUUGCAAUGUCAAAUCCGACUAAGAAUGCUGAAUGUACACCCGACGAAGCCUUCUCGAUUCUUGGUGAAAAGGUCAUCUUUUCCAGUGGAAGCCCUUUUGACGAUGUGGAUCUUGGUGAUGGGAAGAUCGGCCACUCUAAUCAAGGGAAUAACAUGUAUCUCUUUCCUGGGAUAGGGCUUGGAACCCUUUUGUCUGGUGCACGGGUUAUCUCUGAUGGAAUGCUUCAAGCCGCGGCAGAGCGCUUGGCUUCAUACAUGAAAGAAGAAGAGGUUCUCCAAGGGAUAAUUUACCCUCCAACCUCCAGAAUACGUGACAUCACUAAGGAGGUGGCAGCAGCAGUUGUGAGGGAAGCUGUUGCAGAGGACCUAGCUGAUGGAUAUCGUGACAUGGAUGCACGUGAACUUGCAAGACUCAGUGAGGUGGUUUAUCUUUACUAUCCAAUCCAGUUUGCAGGUAUAUCUUGGCUGCUGUUGUACACAGUGGACAUCCUCGUCAACGGUGAAUGAAGACAUCUUGUUAGUGUCUUAGUGAUGGCCAUUGUUAAUGUCCUGUUCAUGGGACCGUAUCUGUGCAACAGAUGGCGUGAUCAGCAGGUACUUCUCAAGGCUUUGUCAAUGUUCCUCCUUUGGAGGCUUCCAUCUUUUCUCUCUCAACUUUGUACCUGGCCAACAGAAAAACACGAGGUAUGCACGCCUGAGGUAGUUUCGUAGGACCUUUACCCACUGCCUCUAAACGAGUUCGAUGUAAAAGCUCAAUUCAUCACUGCCACAGAAUAGUUUUGAACUUUGGAAGCCAUUAUGUGCUUUGUAUGGAUUAGUGCACAUUAUGUCAUGGCCAUACUUGUGCAGCUUGAAGAGAGUAAAUUUCACUUUGUAA